AUGUCUGGUCCAACGAGCAUUCGCGAAUCACUGUUAGCUGGUCAGCAGGUCCUUGACAGGACCACUGCUUCGAUUUACAGAACCCAGCAGAUAAGCUCCAAUAAUGAAGAAGUUGCCCGUGAUGUUGUUGUGGACCUGGGAGAGCAGAGAGAAGCUUUAACGAGGACCAGAAACAGGCUCAGGGAUGCGGAUGAUGAGUUGUCAAAAACGCGGAGGAUUCUCCGCCGAAUGGCCUGGCAUGCAUUGGAGAACAAAAUUUUGUUGAUCUGCAUCAUUGCUUUGGAGCUGAUCAUUAUAGCCGGCAUGGUUUAUUACAAGUGCCAAGUCGCUGUUGUGAAAAGUGUGCAGCGGGUUGGGAGAAGCGCCAAUUUGGUGGAGAAGUGUCGUUUUCGCAAUUUUCACAAGAGAGUAUGUGCUGUGACUGCUUUGAAUGAGAAUCAGCCUCAUUCUAGUAUUGUUGGAGCUUUCGGAUCAAAAUGUGCCUGCAGCUGGCAGAAUUUGCCAGUGGCCCAGAACCAUGCCAGGUUCUAUUCCUCGGGAACUUACCCAAACCACACGAAAAUUCCCUUGCCAGCACUGUCCCCCACCAUGGAACAAGGAUCAAUUGUGUCUUGGGCCAAGAAUGAGGGGGACAAGCUGAGUGAAGGGGACCUGUUGGCCGAAAUUGAAACCGACAAGGCCACCAUGGGUUUUGAGACCCCGGAAGAAGGCUACCUUGCCAGAAUUCUCAUUACUGCCGGGACAAAGGACGUCCCAAUAGGCCAGCUUUUGUGCAUCAUAGUGGAGAAUGAAGCGGAUGUGGCGGCAUUCAAGGAUUUCAAGGAUGAUGGGAAAGUGGUUGCCAAACAAAACGCCCCGGAGCCCCAGGCACCUGCUGCUGCUGUCGUUAAGCCUCCUGCACCAGCGACACCUGUCCAACAAGCGAAGCCAACAGCUGCUCCUUCAGGAGCUGGUGCAGCGAGACCAGCGUCAUCUGUCGGAUCUGAUGGCUUUGUGAAAGCCAGUCCUCUAGCGAGGAAGAUGGCUGCUGAAAAGGGCAUUGAUCUGGCUAUAAAUUUAAUCUUGUUCGUAUUGAAUGCGGUGACGUCUAGUGGCAGUAAUUAUUUGGCCUUGCAGAUGAUUGGAGGAGGAACUGGGCCAGGUGGAAUCAUUAGAGCAAUUGACGUGGAAAGUGCCCAGACAUCAGGAAUGCCAGGAACAGUUGUACCUGCUGCAAGUGGCAUUUUCCUGGACAUGCCGGUUUCUUCAAUUCGUGGAGUAAUUGCAAAGCGUCUCACUGAAUCAAAACAGACUGUCCCCCAUUAUUACCUGCAAACUGAAAUAAACAUGGACAAGGUCUUGAGGUUGAGGAAGGAGAUGAAUGACAUGCUGAAAGAUGAAGGAAUCAAAAUCAGUGUGAACGACUUCAUCAUCAAGGCUUCGGCUCUGGCUCUCCUCAAAAUCCCCGCAGCAAAUUCUGCUUGGAUGGGAACAUUCAUCAGAGAGUACAAAACUGCGGACAUAUCUGUAGCCGUGAGCACGGACAAGGGUCUCAUCACUCCGAUUAUAUUUGGCGCGGAUAAGAAAGGCCUGGCCACUAUUGCCACGGAUAUGAAAUCCCUUGCUGCAAAGGCUCGGGAUGGAAAAUUGCAGCCCCAAGAGUUUCAAGGUGGCACAUUCACCAUCUCCAAUCUUGGCAUGUUUGGCAUCAAGAAUUUUGCAGCUGUCAUCAAUCCACCCCAAGCAUGUAUCCUGGCUGUUGGAGGUACUGCUGCCAAAGCGCUGCCUGAUGCAAAGGAUGCUGAAAAGAUUUUAGUGAGUGAAGUGAUGGAAGUGACACUAAGCUGCGACCACAGAGUAGUUGAUGGAGCAGUUGGAGCCCAGUGGCUGAAGGCAUUCAAGAAGUUCAUGGAAACCCCGUCAACCAUGAUGCUGUAGUUGUUCUGAAAAUGCAAAUCUCCUCCUCCCCCCCACCAUCAUUCCCAUCUGCGGAGAAACCCACUCAAGAUGGCGUCUUUCUGGGGUUUUUCGGAAAACUAGUCGGCCAUGGAUGAUGAUUUUUUUUUUUUGGUUUCGUUUUAUUUCUUGUCCUUUUUGAAUAACAGUUCCUGUGGCGCAGUGUUGGUUCCUGCGGGUGAUGUUGAUUUUCCUGGGCGCAAUUUAGCGAUUCAGUUUUAGUCCUUGUGGUGCGUGGAAACGGCAUCGAAUGAAGCAAUUGUUCCACUA